CUGCACCGCCGGGCUGCGAGCGGCUGCGAGCGAGAGAACCCUAGAGCUUGAGAGCGAGAAAGCGAAAGGCGGGCGCUCGCCCCGCGCCUCCCCUCCGCCCUUCGCGCGCCUGGCUUGCCUCUCCACCCUGCCCGGCUUGACCCGGCUCGGUCCCGUAGCGGCCACAGACCCCGGCACUGGGGCAGCGCAGGCAGCCUCGGGACUCUCCGGCGCGCCGCCGCGUCCCCAGACAAAGGCUUGGCCGGCGGCCCCGGCCCGCUGCGCCCUCGGCUCUCCGCCUCCCCGGCUCGCCGCUCUUCGCCCCCGCGCUUGGCUCGGCGCGCUCCGGCCGGCCGCAAAGUUUCCCCGGCGGCAGCGGCGGCUGAGCCUCGCAUUAGCGAUGGCCGCGGAGCUGAGCAUGGGGCCAGAGCUGCCCACCAGCCCGCUGGCCAUGGAGUACGUCAACGACUUCGACCUGCUCAAGUUCGACGUGAAGAAGGAGCCGCUGGGGCGUGCAGAGCGUCCGGGCCGGCCCUGCACGCGCCUGCAGCCCGCCGGUUCGGUGUCGUCCACACCACUCAGCACACCGUGUAGCUCGGUGCCCUCUUCACCCAGCUUCAGCCCGACCGAACAGAAGACCCACCUCGAGGACCUGUACUGGAUGGCGAGCAACUACCAGCAGAUGAACCCUGAGGCGCUCAACCUGACGCCCGAGGACGCGGUGGAGGCGCUCAUCGGCUCGCACCCAGUGCCACAGCCGCUGCAGAGCUUCGACGGCUUCCGCGGCGCUCACCACCACCACCAUCACCACCACCCUCACCCGCACCACGCGUACCCCGGCGCUGGAGUGGCCCACGAUGAGCUGGGCCCGCACGCUCACCCGCACCAUCACCACCAUCACCAAGCGUCGCCGCCCCCGUCUAGCGCAGCCAGCCCAGCGCAACAGCUGCCCACCAGCCACCCCGGGCCGGGUCCCCACGCGGCGGCCGCGGCGACGGCGGCGGGAGGCAACGGUAGCGUGGAGGACCGCUUCUCCGACGACCAGCUAGUGUCCAUGUCGGUGCGUGAGCUGAAUCGCCACCUGCGGGGCUUCACCAAGGACGAGGUGAUCCGCCUGAAGCAGAAGCGGCGGACCCUGAAGAACCGGGGCUACGCCCAGUCGUGCAGGUAUAAACGCGUCCAGCAGAAACACCACCUGGAGAAUGAGAAGACCCAGCUCAUUCAGCAGGUGGAGCAGCUUAAGCAGGAGGUGUCCCGGCUGGCCCGCGAGAGAGACGCCUACAAGGUCAAGUGCGAGAAACUCGCCAACUCCGGCUUCAGGGAGGCGGGCUCCACCAGCGACAGCCCCUCCUCUCCCGAGUUCUUUCUGUGAGUCGUGGCGGGUCCCGGCCCCCCGCUCUUUCCGGGGCCCGGAUCCCCUGUCCCGUGUCCCCAGCCCUGGACUCCCUUGGACUCUGUCCCUGCCAUGGCCCCAGCCUUGACCUGUUUGACUUGAGCGAGAGGGAGGAAGGGCGCACGGGCCGCGGGCUACGGGAGGGAGCGCGGGCGGGCAGGGGACCUUGGCUAAGGCGAGAGCAGCGCACGCCAGCGCCGCCUCCUAGACUCCAGCAGAGCCAGAGAGACGAGGAGGGUGGGAGAUCCCGGAGCAACUUUUCUCUAGGCUGGAAGGCGGCGAGGCGUACUACCUAAGAGUCGCCCAGCAGUCUGGAGACUCCUGGCUUUCUGAACUUUGAGAGUGCUGGGGCCGCUGCUUCGAAGUCCGGAGCUCAGUCCGCCCCAGGAAGAGAGCAGAGGAGAGGAGAGGGACCCUGGCGUCCCAGCCCGCUCAAGGCGAGGCUGAGCAAAGGGAGGAAGAGCAGUGGGACCUGCCUGUCCAGAGUCCGGAGAACAGUGGUUCUCAGCCGAGAGACGCGGGCCUCAGUUAGGACGUUCGGCGCGCAGAUCUCAUCAGUUUUAUUGCCUGCUCGAUUAUAUAGAAAAAAAUACGAAAAUCUGCAUUAAAAAUAUUAAUCCUGCAUGCUGGACAUGUAUGGUAAUAAUUUCUAUUUUGUACCAUUUUCUUGUUUAACUUUUAGCAUGUUGUUGAUCAUGGAUCAUAACCCCCCUUGUUUCUUUGGGUAAGAAGGGAUCGCAGUUUGGAAACUCCAGCGGCUGCGAGCCGGGUUUCAGUCCCAGCUGUCGGCUUGUAAAUACCCGCCCCGCCAAACCGAAUAGAGAACGUGGCAGCGAGCUGAAGUGUCUUUGUUUGGGUUUAGUAUUAUGACAUUUGAAAAAAAAAAUUUGUAAGUAAAAACAAAAACCAAACAAAUGUUCUGGGGAUUUAGCAUUAGGCAACAACUUUGUCUUGGGGCACCCUUAGAAGUUGCAUGUUUUCUUCCCUUCCCUUGUCCACAUUCGGUUCUCUUGUCCUCCUGCUUUAGUUUUCAUUUUGGGGAGUUUUGAGGGAAAGAGGAUACAAGGGCAGGAGCAGUGGUGGAGUGCCAUACCCGGGACCCUAGAAAUGGUCCUCAAUUUCUGCCUUGUCUCCUGGUCAAAUUGACACCCCUAAUAAGAGAGGAAAGAGAAACACAUCUCCUCCGGUUUUUAUUUUAAUAAGAAGAAUCACCCCAGGGUCUUUUUUUUUUUUUUUAAUUCUCCAGUUUGCACUCCUUGCAGGCCCCCCAGCCCUCCUAGGGUGAGAAGAUUCCCCAUCAAUGGUGACCCCAGCUUGUAGUGAAGCAGCUGCCACUGCUCAAAAUAUACCAGAAACCCAAACAUUGGCAAGUAAAUUUGCAACUUUAGACCAACGCAUUAUGUGUUUUGUUCCCUGCUUUUGAGAUAGCAGGAAGAGUUAUUGGUGGUUCCCCCCCCCCCCCCCCCACUUGUAUAGUAGUUAUAGGGAAGAUCUGGGCGUUUUUCUUUAUUAUUACUUUUUUUUUUUCUGCAGGUCAGUAAAAGGAUUUAAGUUGCACUGACAAAAAAAACAAAAAAAAAAAUACAAAAAAACAAAAAACAAAAUGAAAGCAUAUUUUUUAGUUCCCAUUUGAAAUUGCUGGCGCUGCUGGCCGGAUGCAUUUUUGAGUUUGUAUUAGUUGAUAAAUUAACAGUAAUAACAAGAUUGUAUGAACCGCAUGGUGCUUGCAGUUUUAAAUAUUGUGGAUAUUCGUCCUGCAUCAGAAACGAGCUUUGGUUUUUACGGAUUCAACUGUGUUGAAAUCAAACUUGCCGCAACAGAAAUUGUUUUUAUUUCAUGUAAAAUAAGGGAUCAAUUUCAAACCCUGCUUAUGAUAUGAAAAUAUUAAAACCUAGUCUAUUGUAGUUUUAUUCAGACUGGUUUCUGUUUUUUGGUUAUUAAAAUGGUUUCCUAUUUUGCUUAUUAAAA